AUGAAGAAGCGUGCCCGCACGUCCAGCACACCAGACGCCAGACCCCCCAAGCGCCAAAAGCAGCCCAAGUACUCCAACCGAGACCCCUCGCCCGGAGAGUGCGAACGCCUGCGGGCCACGUACCCGUUGUUUGAGCGAGCAGGCGAGGGCAAUUGGCCUGUCGAGUCGGUGUUGAAGCACCGUUCGGGUCACAAGAAGAACACUCUUAAGUUCCAGGUUCAGUGGACAGAUCAUCCUGAGACCAAAGAGGUCUUCCCUCCAACCUGGGUGCAAGCCGACGCCAUUUCAAAAGACGUUAUCGCGGACUAUUGGGCUUUAAAGAAGGCAACGAGAAAACACGCCCGACAGAGCAAGAGCAAUACAAAACACCCAGAAGAAGGAACGAGUAGAAGGACUGCGACAAGCAAACGGCGCGCAAGCCUUCAAGUGCAAGAGGACAACAGUCAAAUUGGUCAACGACGUGUAACUCGGUUACAGAGCCAAAUCAGGGCGCGUGAUACGCCUUCGACUCCGUCAAGCCUACCAGAACCCGAGCCAGGGCGAGAAGACAGUGUCCCCCAGUCUCUUUCGAACCCAGCGCCGGGAGAAUACGAGCCGGUGUCCGGGGCAAGCUCAGACGCAGGGUCGGACGGAGAUUUUGAGUUGGGGUCAGACUCAGAAUCAGAACCAGACCUAAGACCAGAAUCUGCCCUUGAUUUAGGUCCUGAAACAGAUUCGCUUCAGGCAUUUGAACCCGCAGCAGAGCCAACUGCGGGUGCAAGCGCGGAGACAGAGCCGCCGUGGGAACCAGAGCCAGCGACAAGCUCGGUCACAGAGCUAGACGUAUCGACAAGCGCAGAGACAGAACCGCCGCGGGAAUCAGAGCCAGUGACAAAGUCGGCCGCAGAGCUAGACGCAGCGACAAGCGCAGAGACAGGAUCACAGCGGCAAGCAGAGCCGGAAAGAUUGCUAGUGGCGAGAUCGGCGUCAGAAUCCAGGCUAUCAACUCCUCCAGAUACACUCUCAAGAUCACGACAAGACCAUCUAACGAACUCCAGUCGAUCGUCGUGCGAGAGAACACCCGGACCACCAGCGCCCAUAUCGCACCCGCCUUCUGGCGGCUUUGAAGCUUCCACCUUUAACCUCACCCGUCCCUGUUCACGGGCUUCAGAACAGGAGCCUAGGAGCGACGGAGGGCUCAAUUCCCAACGGCAUCCAAGAGUCUCUACCCCGCCGGCUGAGGAGGCGCACCCGCCUGUGGGGCCAACAUCCCCAACGAAAGGACCCCAAGGUCGAGAUUCCGCCGAGAAACUCGCUGUCGAUAGUCGCGUUGUUGAAGGUCCACGUGCCGACUCUGCAACACAGACAUCGCCUCUGCAACAGUCACAUAGCGGGACUGGCUCUUCCGACUCUCUGGCCAGAGAACGUCGCCCUCCAGAGUUAGAGACAGCCCGACGGUUUUACGAUCUUUCGUUUCGCCCGCCACUUUUGGACACUACGUAUCUUGACGCGAAACGACCUUCUGACUCGAGACGAAUUCCUUACCAGAUGGACUUCCCAAGCGAUACGAUCAUUAAUCCCACGGUGGUGGAUGCCCCCGAGCCUGAACUUGUCCGUUCCGGCGGUGCCGCAACGUCGAUGUAUGAUGUUGCCCUCGGGGGAAGUGCAUUUCCAAUCCAAGCCUCGAUAGAGGAAGAAGAACACACUUCCAGCGGAGAGCAGUUCUCAUCCGAAUCCAAGGCAAGUUCAAGUCAGCAAUCCGUCGAAAACGAACGGGAUGUGCCUCAACUGGCAGGAUUGCUCCCAACUAGCGUUCCCAUACUUGGUCUCGCCGAAUAUGCGAUAGCUCUUCCCUGCGAGGGUAAGGUACAGUCCAUAUAUUCGGACAUUAUUAAAGCAAAAGAAAAGUCCAUCAAGAAGUUUCUCGGUAGACACGAUUCGCUUGGGUCGUCAAGCGGUUCUCUCACUCGAAGUCACGAAAGAAACGAAAUGAACGAAAUGAUCCAGCGCCUGCACGACACGGUCACACAUCUGGAUCUUGGCUUACCGGGCACACCCACCCACUACCCAGGCAACUCGCACGAACAUGCGGCGUAUGCAAACUAUGCAGGCUCGAAAUUCUCCUUUCUUGGGCACCUCGUUGAUAUCAUGAAAAACCUUGGGUGCUCGAUUAUUAUCAUGGCUCGAGAAGGCCCGGUCCAAGAUCUCAUUGAGGAUUAUCUCAAGAUGAAGCAAGUCGCUGUGAACCGACAGGACCGAAUGAGCCGCUCCAAGGCACCAGUUCCAGAUCGGUUCAGUACGGAUUUCCAGGUUGAACUGGUCACCACAGGGUCAACACAUCAGGUCGCCAUCUACAGCGGGCCUAUCUUGAUGAUCGCUUUUGAUGCUUCUUUCGACGCUCAAGAUCCUCAGGUUCGACGCAUACGGGAGCAUUUCUCUGAGAGACAUUCUAGUCUCCUGCCGGUCCUCCAUUUGCUGGUUGCAAACUCGUCCGAGCACGUCGACCGCUGUCUGCCAAAAAGUAUGCCAUCUUCCAUGAGGUUGAAAGCGCUGGUCCGAGCCACCUUUCAAGCAUUGCCGAAUCUCGGGGGGAAGCUGGCAUAUCUACCACGUUCGUCGGAUGAAGCAGAGGGCAGAUCCAUGGACCUUUCCGACCUCCAGCGGGGUGUUAGAAAGAGUGUUGAACGGAGGCUUGCGUUACUUGCCAGCAUUGUCAUGCAGGCCGCUAUCUCGCCCGAGUUUGAUGCCGGCUGGAACCCGGAGAGCAUGAUGCCGACGUUGCAGUUGACGGAUUACAAAGAAACACCUCCCAAGCGUAGUGGCAUUAAUACCAGGACAGAGACGCCGAAGGAGCCCCUAACUCGAUCUAGGACUCCUCUAUCCCGUGCCGACACUCCCUCGGGCAGAAAACGCUUGCUGGAGGUCGACGGGUUUCUCCCGGCGCUACAAAAGCGACAACGUCUUACGCCUCUUCGCGAUUCGACCGAAUCGAGUAGCAGAAUUGACCCGAACCAAGUUACACAACUCCGAGAUCAAAUCAAGAAGCUGGAGGCAGACCUGGAAUCGGAAAAGGAGGCCCGGCAAAAAGCGGAACAGGAUCGAGACAAUCUGCAGGAACAGCUGAUACAGUGGAAACAAGAUCAUGCUGGCCUACAACACCGUUACGAGAAACGAAUGACGAAGUGCCACGAACUACAAAAGCAACAUAAGGAAACCCUAACAAUGGUGGAAAACACUAGAAAACAAAACAAAAGAAUUGCAGAAGAGCAUAACACUCUAAAACGGAAGAAUGACGAUUUGCAGAAAGAAUUGGCUAACACGCGGGCGGAGAUCGAGGCUGGCGGCGGCGAUGCGGCGGCCGUAGAAGUUGCGAGAGCAGAAGCUCGCACGCUCCGUGCGCGUAACACUGAACUGGAGAAAGCCCUCGAGAACAACCGCAAAGACUUCGAAUUUACUCGGACUCAAUACCAGGAGGCAUCAAACAAGGCUGCCGAGUUUGCCAACCAAAUCAGGGACCUGGAAGAAGAAAUGGCAACCCUGCGCAAGCUGGCGGACUCCGAGAAACGACGCCUCAAAGAGACCAACUACCAGCAUUCUAUCAAGCAACAUCUCGCCAAGAUCGGCGAACUGGAAUUGGAACGCAAAUCGCGGGAUGCGCGUCUCCGAAAGCUAGAAGAUGAGAAUCGCCAUUUGAAGCGAAAUCGUGGCAUUCAGACUCGAGGGUCCAGUGCGCAACCGCCAGGCAGUCCUGGGCUAGACGGGCACGCUGGUAGAGGUACAAGAAGCCGGCAGGGUAGUCCCGCCCCUGGACUGUUUGCAAACUCGCAUCACAAUAGUGUAACGAACAGAGGCAGUCUGCUGAGACAUGAGCGGUAG